AUCACAAGAACCAUCAAAACAACACCAUUGCCUGCACAGCGCAUCCCUCACACACAAUCCGAUCAUCUUGAGCACUCUUCGGCUUCCAUCGAACACUGCUGUCGGUCACCGCAACACUUCCGUUCUUGACUACGCCCGCCUCUUCACCGCCAACACCCAGUGCAAUCGGUCUCCCCAGCCUCCCACCUCAUCCACUAGAGUCAGUCACCUCUAUCUCCGCCCAAAACGGCAGAAAACAAUGAACAUACAAAAAAUGAAGAGAAGGCGGACACUGCAAUGAGUGAACGGGUCGGCCCAGACGACGCUCAAAAUGCCACGGUCGAGCCGGGCACUGAGCAGACAGCAAUCGAUGGGCCGACCGAAUCUGUUGCAACACCAAAAGUUGAGGAAAUGAAGUCUGAAGCGGCCCCUCGUGUUGAAGCCAUUGUAGACCAGGUGAUGGCGGACGUGGCAGACGCCGAUGCAGAAGGCGAUUCAGAGGCGGAGACACUUAUUCAGUCACCCGAAAAACAAAGAACUGCUGCUGGAUCCGCUACUGACAACGCGUCGGUGGCUGGCUCUCUUCGGGUUGCGACAGCCAAAGAUGAGGAUUCAACUAAUGGAGCAACUGCGACAGAGAGCGACAAUAAAUCACGAAAGCGCAAGCGUAGCAUUGAUGAUAUACAGGACGAAACUGCGUUUUCCACCUCAAGCCGACGAAGUUCACCAUUAUCAUCGCCAAGAUUAGCUCCGCAUUCAACAGAUAGUGAUUCAGACGUAUCGAUUCAUAUUCCAGCGCCAUCACCAAAACUGGUCCGGCAGAAGCGUCAAACUCCCACGGCAGAUUCGGAUGAUGCUGAGGAGAAGCCAGUCAAGAAUCAAAUUCGCAGGCGUCGCCCGAGCGAUAUUCUCCCGGACAUCAGCAAACAACGCACAAAAAACAAUUCCAGCAGUGUAGAUCCUGGCACAUCCGAACGUCGCGAAACGAGAUCCGCCACUUAUCCCCGCCAUUCUUCUCCCGAACGUUCUGCUUCACCACCUCGUCCUCCACGUCGCAAAGAGCACAGACGUGGUGUGUCUACACAGUUGACUCUUGGCGAUGUAGAGCGGAAGAAGCGCGGGCGGCCUCCCGCUAUCCAUACCAAAAGAAGUGGUUCCGCAGAUCAUAGGAGGCGUUCAAUAUCGUCCGACGAGUCUGAUUCACCGAGACGGCUCCGACCUACGCUACAUAAGUUUGCAUCGGCCGAUCAGGAUACCAUGUCGCCAGCCAAGUCAUCGGGACUACAAGCGGGACCGAGCGUGCGCAAGUGGCGAGACAGAAACGGUAGGACUUUUCUUGCGAGAGCCGCCAACAACAAUGAUCUGGAAUUGGCCAAGCAGAAAUUAGCCGAGAGACCCGAAGACUUGAACCAGGCAGACAACGCCGGCAAUACACCGCUUCAGAUCGCUGCGCUCGAGGGUUUUGCAGAGAUUGUUAAAUUCUUAUUGGAAAACGGAUGUGAAGUGGAUUCAUUGAAUAUUGAUAGAGAAACACCACUCAUCGACGCGGUCGAAAACGGUCAUCUCGAAGUCGUCAAACUUUUACUGGAGUAUGGAGCAAAUCCUCGACAGGGCAACGCUAAGGGCGAUGAACCGUACGAACUUGUUCCCCAAGAUGACGAGAACUACGAGGAGAUUAGGAGGCUAUUGGCCGAAGCGAAGGAGAAACCGGUUCAUCGACGAGCAUCCGUCGACCAUAUUGAAGUGCCACGUGACGGGCAAUCUUCUAGGGCGGCAUCUGCUGCUAGUCCCAGAGAUUCACCGCCCAUCGCUGGUCCCAGAAGUCCGCCUGCCCUUGCUUCUUCAAGACGAAGGACCGGUCGCAGUGAAUCGACGAGGAACGAUCUUCUUUGGCAAGCAAACACCCAGGAAAAUCUGACCCGUCUGGCCGCCAAAGGUGAUGUUCAAGGAGUGGCGAACAUCCUCAAUAUUUUGCAGAAAGCUGAAACCGAGUCACUGAUAGCUGCCGCGAAAGCUGGACACGAAGAAGUCUUGCAGUAUCUGUUGGGUAUGGGUGAUCCCGAACCAGAUCCCGACCCUUUACGGAAUGUCAAACUCGGAUACAAUACGCCCAUGCUUGCCGCGAUAGGGAGGGGUCAUCCAGAAGUGGUCAAACUUUUGGUGGAGCAGUCAGGUUUCAAUCCUACUAGAAAGCUUCUUAAGGGGAAGACUUACUAUGAAGUCGCUGCCGAACGCAAAGGAGAGCAAUGGCAGAAGGAAUAUGAGAUUCUGAAAGAUGCCUUUGACAAACACGCUGCCGGGAAAUCGAGGAAAGCAACGUCUCCACGAGCCACGCGAGACACCGACAAACAAAGAUCUCGAAUAUUGCGCCGUUCACAUUCACCCCUUGCCAUCAAACUACGCAAAUCUUCGAGCCCGACCCUGGCACACAAAUCCCAACCGAUCAAGUCUCCACAAUCUUCCACCAAAGAUGCUGAUCGAGAACCAAUAUCUGGAGAGGGAGCCGAACGACGUAAGUUCAGUGCUGCGAGGAAAGAGCGACACGAUGUUGCGAUUUCUUCCGAUCAGGAUCAGACUGUUGCUGCACCUAAGAAAGGGCACAUCAAACGCAGAAGUCAAAGCGAUGCGCAGCCGACUCGUCUAGACGUCGAAGCCUCCCAACGCCGGAGAAGACUCGUCACUGGAAAAGAGCAUCGACGACGUCAGAGCGCCGUAACUGAGGAGUCCUCCGGCGCAGAAAGUUCCAUCAGUGUUUUGAAGAGGGACAGUCGACAAAACACGGCCCUGAAACGGACGAGAGAUAGUCUGUCACCCGCACCUGGCCUGAAUCGAGGCGAGGGUGGUGGCAACAUUGUGAAGAAACGCAGGACAGUGGUCGAGAGCAGUCCCGAAGAAACGAGACCUGGUCCCCAUAAACGAGGCGAUCGACCACCCGCGGCCGAAGCGGAUGAAUCUAAGCCCGCAGAGGAGCUGAAGCCUGCUCAACCCGCCGCGGCGGAACUCACUCAAGAGGUUGAGUCUGGCAAAGAUGCAGAGCAUGAUUCAAUGGAUAGCGUUGAGGAAGCCAAGCAGACACGACCACCAAGUGAGCCACCGUCCCAGCUUGCGGAACAAGAAGAUCCGAUAAAAACGGAAGAGGUUGACGUUGGACCAACCGAGGCUGAGCUUGAAGCUCAGAGAAAAGAAGAGGAACGGAAGGCAGAAGAGGCGAGACGAUUGGAAGAGGAGGAAAGAAUCGCGGCGGAAAAGGCUGAAGAAGAGCGAAAAGUGGCCGAAGAGAACGAACGCCGCAGAAAAGCUGAAGAGGAAGCAGCACAGCGAAGAAGGGAAGAGGAGGAACGUCAAGAACGCAUCAAACGCGAGCUGGAGGAAAGGCAAAGACGACAAGAGGAGCAUCUCAGGCAACAACGCCUCGAGUUUGAGCGACGCCGUAGGGAGGCGUUACCUGUCGUCCUCAGCACAACCGCUUUAAUGAUUGACAACAACGACCCGACUGUGAGAAGUGAAGCCUGGCUUCGGAAGUUCCUGCCGCUGUUCACUGUCAAAACGUCCCAGCUGCUUCCUGAUGUUGUAUCCCUUGGUACGGAUGAUUUGUGGAUACCAAAUUUUCAGGUUGCAGGUUUACUGGCAACAAAAGAUCUGAAUCUUCGGAAUUACACCUCUCUCGAAAAGCGGCCCGUAACACCAAGUCAGAGGCUCUGUCUGUGGAAAGUGUCGAGGAACAUGCUGUCGUUUGAAUACGACGCCAAUGCAUUCAACACUUCGAUCCAAAAGGCGCGAGAGAGGGAAGAGGAGGAGUGGCCGAAGUUCUUCAACAUGGAGGAACUUUUCUGGGUCAAGUUCUCUGAUUUCGAAGAUCAAGUCUUCCGCCAUCCUCAUCUGGCAAGCCUGCAACCGUUAAAGAAGCAAGCGAUAUCCGUUCGAAUACCCCACGGUCAGCUCCCAGUGGCACAGUCACCACAGCCUAAUGGGGUCUUCCAGCAUCAACCCAAAAUCACUAACGGCAUGAGCCCUCACAUGUCACCAUCUACUUACGGUAACGGUAAUGGAUACGCUCGUUAAAGGGUCGACCUGUUGGUCGCCUAUUAAUCAGAUGUCAUGAAUGUCUAUGAGGUUCACUAUGGAGUAAACACUAUGAUGGCAAGGACCUCGAUGGAUUCAGGUUGAAUAUGGCUUUCCUUGUCUCGACACCACUGUAAAUGCAAUCGUUGCAUGAAAUGAGGACAGCCUGGACAUGUUAGAGAUGGGCUAGUUACCCAACCAAGAAUACAUCAUAUCAUGUCGCGCCACCAUAGCAUUGACUGUUU